AUGUUUAACGCCCACAUAAAUGUUGAGGCAUGCAGUUCAGUACGCGCCAUCAAAUAUAUCUKCAAAUAUAUAAGCAAGGGUAGUGAUCAAGCUAUUUUCAAUUUUACAAGUACUGAUCUUGCGAAUCCCGCAGAUGAGGUACAAACUUAUCAAUCUGGUUCAGCCCUGGAAACCGUWAGAGCCUUCCAGGUCACCAGCGAAAACUACCCGAAAGCUUUAGACAGACUCAGGGAACGCUUCGAUAAUCCCACUSUGAUUUUUUUGGAAGGADUUGCCUCCYUAUUCACGCUGCAAACAGCCGAUAAAUCAAAUUAUCAACAGUUGCGUAGUUUGAUUGAUAAGGCAUCAGCUAUAUUCAGUUCGUUAGAAUCAUUGGGCACGAGCUCCAAUAUCGYACAAGCAAUGCUGAUUUACAUUGUUAUUGGAAAAUGUGAUCAGCAAACUCGCAACAAAUGGAAUGAAUCGCUAGACUACAAAUCGCUUCCAACUUGGAUACAAUGCACCCAAGUUUUAGAACGCCAUUGUCAGUUUUUGCAUUCAUCCGACUCYUCGUCACUCCAUAAGUUCGAGUCCACCAAACCAAUUCGGAUUACUWCCCGUGGACAAAACUCAUCAUUCGCCAUCACUAAGCCUUCUUGUGUCCUUUGCUCCAGCGAUAAACACAAAAUGAUUGGCUGUUCUCAAUUCAAGGACAUGAACACGAAUCAACGCUAUGUUGCCGCCAAGAAAUACUACCUCUUUAUCAAUUGUCUGAGCAAUGGUCACAGAGUAGCUCAAUGUGCGUCAAAGCAUCGCUGCCGCUCCUGUAACAGAACGCAUCAUAUGCUUUUGCAUCAUAACAACGCGACUCUGCCUACACUUGCAAGUCCAACAUCUCUUCCUGUUUCACAAUCGUUGCAACCAUCAUCAUCAUAUUCAACCAAACCUCAUACAUACAACCAACUAGUAGCCACGCAUUCGCAUAUGGAGAYAUCGGAUCACGGRCAGGUCAUUUUAGCAACAGCUUUAGUUCUAGUUAAAGAUUCCAUGGGUACGUACAAGCUUGGAAGAGCUCUUCUCGACUCAUGUUCUCAAGUGAAUAUCAUGACCAAUGAGUUCGCACAAAGGCUUCACCUUCGUCGAGAAAAGUAUCACAUUGGCAUUCGCAGCAUAGGUGAUUCAGUUACCAAUCUUAUAGCUCGAAUCACCACAACAAUUAAGUCACGUACAUCAGCAUUUCAACUUUCGCUCCAGUUUGGCAUGACACCCCAGAUUGCAGACCAACCUGACGCUGAAAUUGACACAAUAAACUGGAACUUGCCAGCUAAUASAACUUUGGCUGACGAAACCUUCUUCAAACCUCGACGCAUCGAUCUGUUGCUUGGAACAGAGGCAUUUUUUGAAGCWCUCGCUGUUGGUCAAAUAAGGCUUGGCCCGAAUWUACCUACAUUGCAAAAAACAUUAUUUGGAUGGGUAGUUUCUGGAAGAUACCAAUCGAAGCACUAUACGCCUUCAAAGUCAUAUCUGCUAUUUCGCGAAGACUCUAUCGACGCAAACAUGCAACGCCUUUGGGAGCUCGAAACUGUCGAYAGGAAACCCAACCCUAUUUCACCUGAUCAUCGCAUUUGUGAACGUCAUUUUAUAGCCACAACACAUCAAGAUACAACUGGACGCAUAAUUGUGAGGCUGCCAUUUAAAGACAAUCCAGCUGCACUUGGAGCCUCAUUCGACAUCGCUCGUCGCCGAUUCCUGGCAAUCGAACGCCGUCUGUCGCAUUCGCCAGACACUUAUUCCCAGUACGUCUCGUUUAUGGAAGAAUACGAACGUCUUGGUCACAUGUCUGUAGUAAAGGCGCCGAAAUUAGAUGAACCACACUAUUAUAUACCACAUCACUGCGUAAUGAAACCUACAAGCGCAUCAACAAAGUUACGAGUAGUGUUCGACGCCUCUUGUCAAACUACAACACAAACAUCGCUAAAUGACUUACUUUUAGUUGGACCAACCAUCCAAACAGAGCUGUACAUGUUGCUACUGCGCUUCCGUUUGUAUCGUUACGAUAUCACCGCAGAUGUCACUAAAAUGUACAGGCAAGUAUCUUUGAAUAAAAAUGAUCGUAAAUUUCAUUACAUUCUUUGRCGAGCUUCCGCAGACGCAGAUCUUCUCACAUACCAGCUCAACACUGUGACAUAUGGUACCGCCUCAGCUCCAUAUCUAGCAGUGCGAAGUCUUCACUCUUUAGCAGAAAAGCACAUGGCAGAAUUUUCAAUUGGUGUGAAUGAUUUUCUAUGUGGUGCGGAUGACACAGAUGCCUUACACACAUUAAAGGAAGAAGUUACUGAGAUACUUCAACGCGGACAGUUUCCUCUAUCCAAGUGSCAUUCCAAUCACCCAGAUUUCAUCGAAGGCCAAGCUAUGAAAGAGCUAAGCAUUACCGACGAUUUUACAUCAAAUGCACUUGGG